AUGUACAAUGUGAAUUUAAAUUCAACAUAUGGACUCCACCUAGGCACUGUAUACUGUGCAUGGAACAUUCUCAAUGAUACUGAUCUUGCUAUCAAACUUGAGCCUCUCACCAAUAAUUCAACUUCUUUGGAGCAUGAAUAUCACAUCUUAAAACAGCUUGAAGGUGGAGUUGGGAUCCCACAUGUAUUUUGGUUUGGCAGAGAGGCAGCAUAUCAUGCUCUGACUCUCGACCUCCUUGGCCCAUCACUACAUAAUCUCUUUCUUGCACACAAUCAAAUGUUUGACCUCCAUACUGCUGUUAAUCUGGGAGACCAACUGCUCUCAUCUCUGGAGUACAUUCACUCACGUAAUUACGUUCACAGUGAUAUCAAACCUCACAAUGUCCUAAUUGGUCGAGGCAAUUUAGGACAAACUGCCUUUAUUGUUGAUUUCAGUGCUGCAAGGGAGUACUGGAAUACUGAAGCCCACACCCAUAUGCCAUUUUGCCAUGGUAGACGUCUUACUGGCACUCCUGCGUUCGCCUCAAUCAACAACCAUCUAGGAGUUGUGCUGGGCUGUUGUGACGAUCUCAAGUUACUUACAUACAUGUUAAUUUAUUUCUUGUGUGGCUCCCUUUCAUGGUUGACCAGUGACCACAAGAAGUUCUCUAGCUCUUCUAUACUGGCAUGUGAGGUGGACACCACUAUUGAAGUCUUAUGUCAUGGAACUCCUUCUGAGAUUGCAACUAUGUUGAUUUACUUGUGCUCUCUUGCAUUUUCAGAGGAUCCUGACCAUGAUUACCUUCAAUCAUUGCUCAAUGAUAUUUGCACUACAUUACCACCAUCAGCUGCAUGCUCACUGGAUCUCGGUCAGCCCAGUGAUCUCAUCAUGCAUUCCACUUCAUCCCCAAAAGGUCACUCAGUGGCUCUGUGUGAAGUUGACUGUCAACUGAAGACAACAACUCUUUGCAGAUUGACUUGUCAUGUGUGA